AUGGAUGUGGGAAAGAUGUCAGAAUACCUUCCGGAUGCAGCUAAGUGCACUUUAUGUAGGAAUGUGUUCCAUAACCCGGUGACUUUAAACUGUGGCCAUAACUACUGCCAGGCCUGCCUCCAAAAGCACUGGGGAGGUGCUCAGAGCAACGUUGUUUGUCCUCAGUGCCACCAGAGGUUUGAUACUGUGACCCUGGUGCCCAACAGGCAGCUGGGGAAUGUCUCCUGGCUUAUCAGAAAUCUGCAAGACAAGGGAGUGUUUAAGAAACUAAGCCAGCCAAUUUGCGAGGCCCACAAGGAGCCGCUGAUGCUCUUCUGCCAGACUGACCGGGCUUUACUCUGCUCCAAGUGCCAGGAGUCCCAGGGUCACCGGGACCACGCGCUUGCUUCCCUGGAAGAGGCAGCCCAUAAGGCCAAGACUGAAGUCAACGUCUUUCUGAAGCUUCUGAAAGUUCAGAGGGCACACCUCCACGACAGCUAUGCAGAAGUGCAAACGGAAAAAGAAAACCUGGUGAAAAUUAUGGAGCUUGACAAUCAGAGAUUUGGCUCGGGAUAUAAGGAGAUGUAUGAGGUGGUGAGGAUGGCUCAUUCGGACCAGAUGACGGCAGCCAAGUGCAUCAAUGAACAGAUUGAGGAAGAGAUGACCAGGCUGGCAAGGAAGCACAAUUACAUCCGGACCUUCACCAAAGAGCUGGAGAGGAAGUUUGAAGAACCCGCGCAUGAAUUCCUGAAGGUAGGCUGGUCAGGAGCCUCCAGGAACUGGGAACGUGAAGUGGGAUGGAGGGCAGUUCUUCAACAGACGCAGCCUCCUUACAAGAUGAGGUGUUUGAAAGCAUUGGCGAUUUGGCCAUAUUCACUAAGAUAUCAAAGGGGUGACGGACAGGCUGAGUUCAACGGGGGUGGCGGGUGCAAAGAACUUCUGGAUCAGCCUCCGGAAGGACAAUUCCCUCCCUUCAAGGAGAAAAUGUGGGAUCUCGCCCUCAGAAGUCUUUUUGUGGCUAAUACGUUGAAGAGGUGCAGAGAUGCCCUUCCCCUGGUGUCCGUCGUGGAAAGAGCCAAUGUGACCAUGGACCGCCUGACGGCCCACCCUCACCUGCUGCUGUCGGCCUCCAAGAAGAUUGUGACCCACGACGCCACCCCCAGCGGGCUGCUCCCCGGCCGCCAGGCCUUCGACACCACGCCCUGCAUCCUGGCCGAGGAGGGCUUUGCGGCGGGGCGGCACUGCUGGCAGGUGGAGGUGACCUCGAGCGGCCACGGCUGGGCCUUCGGGGUGAUGAAGGACUCGGUGGCCAGGAAGGGCCCGGUGAAGAUCUCCGACGACGACGGCAUCUGGGCGCUGCUGCCCGAGCACCUGCCCCCUGCCGAGUGCCGUUCCGGCACCAGCUGCUUCCGCCUCUACCUGGACUACGAGGGCGGCACGGUCCACUUCUUCAACGGGGCCACACGGGAGCCGCUGCUGCUGCUCUCCUACGCUGUCUUCCUGGGCGAGCGCAUCUUCCCCUUCUUCAAGCUGGAGGAGCCCAACUCCCAGAUGCGGAUCGUGCCCUGAGCGCGUGGGGGGAGGAGGUCUCCUGCCGGAGG